GCUUGCCUAGUUUCGUACUUUCACUCCUGAAUUCCCUCCCUCUACGGGUGCCAGUUGCCAUUGCCUCAAAACCUGAUAUAUUAUUAUUAUUAUAUAUACCCGGAGAAUACUACAAGGAGACAAAUAAGAUUUAUUAAAAAAUAAAUAAAUAACUGGAGGAGAAAAGCAUUUAAUUUAAACAACAACUCUGUCUCAUCUAGUGUUAGACACUGCUACUACUACUGCAGAGAGGGAAGGUUUGGGGGUGCAGCAUAGACGACGAGAGAGAGACGAUCGAGUUCGCGUACGGAUUCUCUCAUCUCGUGGGGUAUUAAUUUAAUAGUAGGUGAAGAAGAAGGUAGAGAUGAUGAUGAACAAGGAAACAUCACACUGGUGGUGGUUUGACAUUCACCAUACCUCAAGUGGCUCUCCAUGGCUACAAUCUACUCUUGCUGAGCUAGACAGGAAGACAAAGUCAAUGCUGAAACUGAUAGAAGCAGAUGCAGAUUCUUUUGCUCAACGUGCAGGGAUGUAUUACAAGAAACGGCCAGAGCUAAUUAGCAUGGUUGAAGAUUUUUAUAGGGCACAUCGCUUGUUAGCCGAGCGAUAUGAUCAACUUAAGUCUGACUCUGGAAACCGCCUCCUGGCAACAUUUGGGUCACCAUUUUCAACCAAGCACCGACCGGAGAAGUUAAUGAGCGUGAAGACAGAUCAAACCUAUGAUAGCCACUCCGAGACCUGUGACUCUGAGGACUCUGCUGGGUCUGAAGUAGAUGACCCUGAACAAGAUGAAAUUCAAGUUGUUGAAGAAUUGGAAGAAAUUGAGACUCCUGAAGGAAAGGAAGAAACCCUUGUUGAUGAUGGAAUGAAACAUGUUGAAGUUUGCAUCAGGUACAAUGCUGAAGUGACGAAGUUGAAGGAAGAAAUAGAAAGGCUCGAGGAAGAGAAGAGGAUUUACAGGGACUAUCUUUUGCAGAAAGACGCAGAGGGGAGAGAACAAAGGAAAGAAAUUCAAGUCCAAGAAGGAAUAAGAGAAGCUGAAAUUUCAAGGGUUGUGUACGAUGCUGAAAUGAUGAAGUUGAGGGAAGAAAUAGAAAGGCUUAGGCGAGAGAGGACAGUUAAUAAGGAUCAUCCUUUGCAGAAACUUGAAGAGAAGAGGGAAGAAAAGAAAGAAACUCAAGUCAAUGAAGGAAUCAAAGAAGUUGAAUUUUCUAGUGUUUUCUACGAUGUUGAAGUGGUGAGGAUGAGGGAAGAAAUAGAAGUUCUCGGAGAAGAGAACAGGAUUUACAAGGAGCAUCUUUUGCAGAAAGAUGAAGAGAAGAGGGAAGUAAUAAGACAGCUCAGUUUCGCAGUUGAAGUGUUGAAGCUAGAGAAUGUGAAGCUGAGGAAGUGCGUAGCUAACCAAAACAGAAGCCAUUUCACCUUCGAGAAGCUGAAGGAUGUAUUUCGUGGGAAGCUUUUUAAUGGAUCUUCAAAGUCUCAGAGUAGUGUCCUAGCUCUCUAGAUGUGGAUUUUCGACGGUAACUAGCGUAGUUUGUAAACACAGUUUAUAUCUAUCUAGAAUAGGUUGUAAUAUCAGGUGCAUAAUUACCCUCGAAGUCAACCUAGGAAAAUUACUGUAGUGUUAUGUUCAUUAUGGCAUUGCUCUAAUCUUAUUUUAUUGUAUACUGUUUCACAAUUUUUAGGAAAGUCAUCGUAAUGUUAUUCAAUCAAA